UCAAUGUUGAGAUAUAUUGGAAGCAUAGUAUAAAUUAGUGCACAACUAUAAUUGAAUGUAAACAUACAUACGAUGUCACUACCUGUGAAAGACUUAACCAAAUUACUAGAUUUAUUAGAUGAAGAAAAUGCCAAUACGGCAUUAGAAAAUUUGUCAAAUCAAUUACAUUUAACUUUUCCACGAGAAGAUCGUUUUAAAGUUGGAAUGACACUACUUCUUUUAUUGCAACAAGUAGACUUAUUAUCAAAAGAAUUACAGCGAAUAAUUGCAGUUGCAAUGCUUUUUGAUCUAUAUAAAGGAGAGUCUUUAGCCAAUACACCAUUUGCACCAGUUUUUGUACAAAUUUUAAAAACACCUGGUGAAAGCAAUGAUAAAACCCAAUUUUCAGGACAUAUUCCAGUUUUAUCACGUUGUGAAAAAUAUUUAAUUGCUAGUUUAAUGGGAUAUAAUUACAAAGAUAUAAUCAAAAAAACACCUAGACAAAUAAUCGAAGAACUUUAUCUUCUUCCUAAUCCACCACCUUAUGAUUCAACUGAUUUACAAUUACAGCUAGUUGAACGUCGAUCUGAACUUCCUGCAGUUGAAAAAUGUGGUAAUCCAGUUAUCUUAUCUGAUGUAACAGAUCAACCUAAAUUAGGAGUUAUAAAUGAUACAGAUGCAAAAAUUAUAAGUAAAAGUAUUUUAGAAUCUCUUGUGAUUGGCGAUCCACCGCCUUAUAUUCAAAGUUCUCAACCAGAAUUUUUAAGACCAGCUCCACCAAUUCAUCGAUCUACGUUAGAUGAAGUACCAUGGAUGAAUAUGUCAGAACCAAAUCAAUUUAAACUUGAAUACGAUACAAGUAUGUGUGUAUCAAACUGUGCUGGAGCAGAGGCGAGAAGACUUAUGGGUCGAGCAUUUAAAAGUGUUUUAACAUUACAACAACAGCAGCAUCUUGUAACCGAAUUACAUAAAGAUCCGAAGCUUGUUUAUCAUAUUGGACUAACACCAGGAAGGUUACCAGAUCUUGUUGAAAAUAAUCCAUUAAUUGCUAUUGAAGUACUUUUAAAAUUAAUGCAAUCCAGUCAAAUAACAGAAUACUUCAGUGUACUUGUGAACAUGGAAAUGUCUUUGCACUCUAUGGAGGUUGUUAACCGAUUAACAACAACAGUAGACUUACCUACUGAAUUUGUUCAUCUCUACAUAAGUAACUGCAUAUCAACUUGUGAAACUAUUAAGGAUCGCUACAUGCAGAACCGAUUAGUACGAUUAGUCUGUGUUUUCCUUCAAUCAUUAAUUAGAAAUAAAAUAAUUAAUGUACAAGAACUUUUUAUCGAAGUUCAAGCAUUUUGUAUAGAAUUCAGUCGAAUAAGAGAAGCAGCUGCUCUCUUUCGUCUUCUGAAACAACUGGAAUCAGGUGAUACAGCUGGAUUGAAUUCAACACCAACAUCCAAAAACAAUAAAGUAGACAUGUGUUAGCUGUGCAUUUAAAAGAUAUAAAAUUAUGGAAACAUCCAGAAUGGAAUAAGGAUAUCUAUAAAUUUAAUCAUGUGAUCAUAUGAUUAUAUCAUUCAUUCAAGGCGAUUUU